GACACGGUCGGCACAAAUAGCGAGAUCGUAUUAUGACGACGCUGUCUUACGCCCGCAAACAUCGAAGCCUGUAAGUUGCGAAGGAUCACUUUUCGCGCCUAGCCUCUACCUCGUACAGCAUGCCAGGCGAGCCGAUCUCAGUCUAUGUGCGAGAUACGUUCUUUGGCUUGACUGUGCGCUUGCUGUCAAAGCAACGUUUCUUCAAGUACGACGAGGAAGAGCCAGGCUACCAACUGCCGGAAUGUUAUGCACAACAUUGCCAAGGAUCGGAUCCAUCUAGACAAAAUCAGAGAAGCGAGAGCGAACUUACACGGUCCUCGACGCAGACUGCCGUCGGCGAUACGCCACAGCGGUCACAGACUGGGGACAAGAUCGACGACAAGUCUGGAGACAAUGAGAAGCAAGCAAGUGAGCAGAAGCCAGCGAAAAAGGCAGGCGAUAUCAUCAAGGAUGAGAACGGCGAACAUAUCCUCGUCGAUUGGCACGACGACGAUCCGCAUAACCCGAUGAAUUGGCCUACGUCGCGCAAAGUCUUUGUUACUGCGCUCAUCUGCUUCCUCACCUUUGGCAUCUAUGUUGGCGCCUCGAUCUAUACGCCAGGGAUACAGUCCUUCAUCAUGUACUUCAAUUGCUCAAAGAUCGAUGGCUCGCUCGGCCUCACCAUGUUCGUGCUAGGAUAUGGCGUCGGACCUCUCUUCUUGUCUGCGCCAUCGGAGAUUCCUCAGAUCGGCCGAACGAUCCCUUACAUCAUCUCGAUGGCCAUUUUUGUCAUCUUGCAGAUACCUACCGCACUCGCGCCCAACGUGCGCAGCUUUCUCGUCCUUCGCUUUCUCGCUGGAUUCGUGGGCUCACCGCCUCUCGCAACGGGCGGCGCAACUAUGCAAGAUCUCUAUUCGCCGAAAUAUGUCGCGUUUGCGAUUGCGACUUGGGGUAUAUCCGCUGUCUGCGGUCCAACAUUAGGUCCAGUGAUGUCCGCUUUCGUCAUCUCUGCAGACGAGCCCGCGCCUCAUGCAUGGCAAUGGGCAUUCUGGCUUCUCCUCGCCAUCUCAGGCGCUGUGUGGCUCUUGCUCUUUUUCACUUUGCCAGAGACGAGCGGAAACAACAUCCUCACCAGACGAGCACAACGCCUGCGCCAGCUUACCGGAAACCCCAACUUCAAAUCUCAGGGCGAGAUCGAUGGCGCGUUCAUGACCGGCGGCGAGAUUGCGAAGAUGACGCUCGUGCGACCCAUUCUCAUGAUGUUCACUGAGCCCAUCGUGUUCUUCCUCAAUCUCUACAUUGCGUUCCUCUACGCCAUAUUAUACCUAUUCUUUGAGUUGUUCGACAUCGUCUUCGAAAUGACUUACGGCUUUACACUUGGCGAAUUCGGCCUCAGCUUCUUAGGCACUUUCGUCGGCAGCGUAGUCGUCCUGGCGUGUUUCUACCUCUACUUGGCGUAUAUCUUCAUCCCAAUGUACGAUCGAAACGAUGGCAACCUUGCACCAGAGAGUCGCUUGGUCAUCGCCAUGGUUGGCGCACCUUUCAUCCCAAUUUCUCUGUUCUGGUUUGGAUGGACAGCCGGUAUCACACAUUGGAUGUCACCGAUAGUGGCGUCCAGCUUCUUCAGCAUCGGCACUUUCCUGAUGUUCCAAGCCGCUCUCACUUAUCUCGGCGACAGCUACAAAACGUACGCCGCCUCGGUCUACGCUGGUAACGAUUUCUUCCGCAGUAUGAUGGGCGGCGUGUUUCCUAUCUUCGGCCGACAAUUCUACAAUAAUCUCGGAGGACCGUCGCCAAAAUUGCCUGUCGCUUGGGGGUCCACAUUACUCGGAUGUAUCGGCGUUCUGCUUAUACCGAUCCCGUUUGUCCUGCACGCAUACGGAGCGAGAAUUCGAAAAUGGUCAAAGAUGGCCGACUAGAGCAUGCUUAUUUACGCAAACCCGCACUUGUAACUCUACUAUCAAGACAUUCGCAAUGCAUCACGAUACUGUAGAAGAGGAUGCGACCUGCCCCUGCAAUGACAGUCCUCGCUUUCGUUGUGGACCGACUGCUUAGCGUGAUGGGAUCGAUCGCAUUCGCACCUUUCUCUGACGUGCUGCUUUAUCGUGAUGAAUGUGGUUCCAAGGCAAGCUUGUCAUUGUCUCUGGCGCGGAGUCGCGAGCAGUCACGUAUCGUCAUGUCAGGAAAGGAUGAGGGUGGAAGCGAGCGUGAAGUCACAUGCGUGGAAAAGACCGCUGCUGGCAUGAUGCGGAGCUACAAGCCGAAGAAGGACGAAGCUUGCUUGUAGGGAGGCCGUCCGGCAGACAAUGCGGACGUCGCCA